UGUAAGGAGAUCAGAGCUAACCAAGGACUGCAGAUCUGAAGCUCUCCUGCAAUAGAUUGCUUGCGACACAGUGUGUGUGUGUGGUACUGGUUCUUCGCACCCCUGCCCCGUUCUUUCGCCAUGGGUGUCCUGCUGAAAACCAUACUCCUGCUGUGGGCCCUGCAGGUCUCUGCUCUGGACCCUGAGAAUGACAACCACAUCAUUCAGGACAUAAACAGCAAUGAUGACCUUGACUGCCCCAUCAAUGUGUACUUCGCCAUCGACACAUCUGAGUCUGUGGCACUGAGGGAGUACCCACCGGGGAGCUCGGUGGAAGAGCUGAAGACAUUCCUCAAUCUAUUUGUACAGAAGCUGGAGGGUACCACUCUGAGGUCCAACAAGGUUCAGUGGGCCUACGGUGGGCUGCACUUUUCUGACCGUGUGGAGAUCUUCAGCCAGUUCACCAGCCAAGCCUCUGUCUUUCUAGCUAGGGCCAAAGCUAUCAGGUACAUUGGUCGUGGGACCUUCAUUGACUGCGCCCUCAGGAACAUGACAGAGCAGGUGAGGCGUGUACGCCCAGGCAAGCUACAGUUUGCCGUGGUUCUGACUGAUGGGCAUAUCACCGGCAGCCCGUGUGGUGGAGUCCAGCAGGCUGCUGAGGCCGCAAAGGCAACAGGCAUGAAGAUCUUUGUGGUGGCUACGGGGCAGAGCACCGUGGAGAAUGAGCUGAGGCAGAUUGCAAGCUCCCCCGUGCAGCUCUACCGGAAGGACUACCUGGCAUCCAACCGGAAUGCAGCCGUCCAAAUGAUAACUGACACCAUGGUUAAGGAAGGUGAAUUUGUGUGCCGGGAAAAAAUGUGUGUGCAAACAGCAGGGCUGGCAGGACCCAAAGGACAACAGGGUCGCAAAGGUACCAAGGGAAUUAAAGGUGCCACAGGAAAUCCAGGAUCCCCAGGGCAGAUGGGAGAUCCGGGUAUUGAAGGCCAGAUAGGUUUGCCUGGACGAAAGGGGCUCCCAGGCAUAAAAGGAGAAAAGGGGGAUAUAGGAGUAUCUGGAGUUAAGGGGCAAAGAGGAGCUCCUGGUUUCAAUGGAAUUGAUGGUGAAAAGGGAAAGCCUGGCAUCAUAGGUAGCCCUGGAUGCAAAGGGGAUCCAGGCAUGCCAGGAGACCUCGGCCCUACUGGUGACUUUGGGCUCAAGGGCGAAGCAGGAGAUCCAGGAGAAAAGGGUGAUGCUGGGCAGAAUGGCAGGCCUGGCCCCCGGGGGCCUCAGGGAGGUGCUGGACAAAAGGGUGUCAGAGGCUACGCGGGAAACCCCGGUCUUCCAGGGAAAAAAGGAGUCAAGGGGCAGCCUGGACCAGAUGGGGAUCCUGGAAAUCCUGGACACAGAGGAGAUAGCGGGAAAGUUGGUCUGCAAGGCAGAGCUGGUGGUAAAGGAGACAAGGGAAACAUAGGACUGGAGGGAGAAAGAGGACUUCCUGGAAGCGAUUGUAUUAAAGGGGUUCCAGGGCCUCCAGGUGUCCCAGGAGUCCGUGGCCCACAUGGUGAAGGUGGAGCGCCCGGAGAGAAAGGGUCUCCAGGUGAAGCAGGGGACUCCGGGCCAAGAGGGGAUAUUGGUAGACCAGGACCCAAGGGCGAUCAAGGAAAGAAUGGGCACAACUACCCCGGUUCCAGGGGUUUGCAGGGAGACAGAGGAGCUCCAGGUUUUCAAGGACUGCCGGGUCCAAGAGGCUAUUUUGGAAGCAAAGGAAAACAUGGGCCAAAAGGAACUACAGGAGUAACCGGGGAGCCAGGACCCACAGGUGUACCUGGAAACAGAGGAUCCAGGGGUAGUCCUGGCCCAGUGGGGUCGCCUGGCUAUCGCGGCGCCUCUGGUUUAUCUGAGUGUGAAAUCGUGGAUUAUGUGAGGGAAACAUGCGGUUGUUGUGACUGUGAAAAGGUUUGUCCUGCUCUAGACCUGGUGUUUGUGAUCGACAGCUCCGAAAGCAUAGGGAAAAUCAGCUUCAAUCUUGCUCAAAAUUUUGUCAUCAGUCUUGCCAACCGACUUGGGAAAAUGGCCAAGAAUGUUUCUGACAUUUCAGGUUCCCGUCUGGGUGUGGUCCAGUACAGCCAUCAGGAAGAAGUGCAGGCCAUCAGGAUGGAUGAUGCCAGUAUCACCUCAAUGGCCUCUUUCCAAGCUAAAGUCAAGGCCAUGGAGUGGAUCGCCGGGGGAACCUGGACAGCCUCAGCUCUGAAGUUCACCUACGAGAAGCUGAUCCUCCCCGGCCGCCGGCCUGGGACCAAAGUGGUGGCCAUCGUCAUCACAGACGGUCGAUACGACCCUAAAGACCAGGACAACCUGGGGUCCCUCUGCAGUGGUGUGGAGGUUUACGCCAUUGCCAUCAGAAACACCGAGGCUGACAAGCAGUCCCUGGAGAAAAUCGCCUGCAACAUCCCAGGCCGAGUGAAAACACUCAGCUUGUAUGCAGAACUGACAGCUGAGGAGUUUCUGGAGGAAAUCGAACUAAUCCUCUGUCCAGAACCAGAACACAUCUGCCCAGACCUGAAGUGCAGCUCAGAUCUCAAGGUGGCUCCGUUGGUGCAGCGCCCUGUUGAUAUCCUGUUCUUCGUGGAUGGCUCUGAGAGAACGAGAGCUCGAAAUUUCAUCAGCGUUCUGAGUUUCAUUGUACUGCUCUCCCAAGAGAUCCCUCUGGCCAAGAAGGACAAUGAUUACAGAGGGGCUCGCUUCGCUGUGCUGCAGUUCGGAGGGGAGAACCCUCCUGAAGUGCUCUUAGAUUUUUCCUACAGCCAAAGCAGCAUCUCUUCCAUUGUCAAAAAGGCUGUGUACCGGGACUCAGCCUCUGCUUUGGGGGAAGGCAUCCUUUUUGCCACGGACAAUCUUGUGAACAACCGCGGAGGAAGGUACAAAGGAGUGCGUCCACAUGCAGAGCGGUCUUUCGUUUUCAUCACGGAUGCAGUGACCACCGACAAGAAUUUCGAGGAGGGCAUCGCGGCUAUGAGGAAAGCCAAUGUCGUGAGCACGGCUAUUGCGGUGGGCUCCGGUAUUGACCAUGAGCGGCUGAUGAAACUUGUUUUUAAAGACCGAGCUCUCAUCUUCCAUUUUAAGACAUACAAGCACCUUGCUUCCACUGAAGUUGUCAAACACAUUGCUCACUGCCUUGGAUAACCUAAUGCCCAGAUAUCUUCUUUAGUAUCUGUGACCGUUAGAUGAACCACAGAUCUAGUAUUUUAAUAAUAUUUUUGGUACAUUUGGAUUUAGCCGACAGUGCUGUGAAAAAGUAUUUGCCCCUUCUGAUUACCUGAAUUAUUGCAUAUUUGUAACACAAAAUGGUUUAGACAAAAUGUAAUAUUAGACAAACAGAACCUGAGUAACCAUGAAACACAUUUUUAAACUAUUAUUUCAUUUAUUUCAUGAAAACAUUAUCGAACACCCAUAUGACCCUUGUGAAAAAGUAAUUGCACCAGUAAUUGCAACUGGUUGCACAACCUUUAGCAGCAAUCCAACUCUUCCUAUAAUUUGAUACCAGUCAUUCACAUUGCAGUGGAGGAAUUUGUGCCCUCUUAAAGCAGAACUGCUUUAAUUCAGAAUUUAUGUAUUAAUCUGAAAGGUUUUUCUGCAUGAACUAAUUGUUACAGCAGUUCUACAAAGACGAGUGGACUAAAAUUCCUCCACAGCAAUGUGAGACUGAUAUACAUUAUAGGAAGCAACCAUUUAUUCCGUUUAAGGGGGCAAUUAUAUUUUAACAUGGAUUAUAUAUGGGUGUUUGAUAGAAUCUUUCCAAUAAUAAAAUAAUUUUAAAAAAAGUUCUGUUCUGUGUUUACUCAGGUUCCCUUUGUCUUUUGUGACAAAUAUGCAAUAAUAAAGGAAAUCAGGAAGGGAGCACGUUUUCGUGGCACUGUAAUGCUCAUAAUAUUUAAUUUUUUCUUGGCAUGGUUCCAGGACAGCACUGCAAUUUCAGAAUUUAGUGGUAACCUAAGUUUAUUAGCCAAAAUGGUAGACUAUAUUUUCAACUUAACCCAGACAUAUGCAUGAACCAGUAUCACAUUUAUAUCCACAAAGAAAUCACUUGGUGCUUAACAUUGUUUACAUUAAAUUAGCUGUAGCCUAUACUAGCCUUUUAACUUGCACAUUUUGCAGCAUAUUGUAAAGGAAUUUCCUUUUUUCCCCAAAGAUAUGCAUGAACCAGUAUCACAUUUAUAUCCACAAAGAAAUCACUUGGUGCUUAACAUUGUUUACAUUAAAUUAGCUGUAGCCUAUACUAGCCUUUUAACUUGCACAUAUUGCAGCACAUUGUCAAGGAAUUUCCAUUUGACAAGACAAGUGUCUAGGUAAAAUUGAAUUAUUGUUUGUAUUGUAUGUUACAAUUAAAGUCUGCAAGCUUUCACCUUA